AUAACUUGAUUGCAGCAUAGAGAAGAAGUUGAUUUAGGAGGACGAUGGCUAAAGCAUCGGUGUGCGUGCUGAUUGCUACUGUGCUUAGUGCUACAGGUUUGGAUCUGCCGAACCUUGCACUGAACAAGCCCACAGAACAAAGCUCAGUAUAUAAAACAUGGACAUCUGAUCUGGCUGUUGAUGGCAACAAAAACACUAGAAGUGGUGAAAAAUGUGCCCAUGUUGCGUUAGUACCGAAGCCGUCGCUAGACUGGUGGCAGGUAGACCUCCAGGAGACCUUCUCAGUCCUAACUGUCUCCGUCACCAACAGGGGGGACUGUUGCCACGAAAGAUUAACCAACUUCACUGUGGAGGUCCAUACUUCUGACCCGAUGACCAGCAACAACACCGGCCUACAAGUCUGCUAUUUGCAUGAAGGCACGGUGGGCAGAGGUCUGACGGUAGACUUGACCUGCGCCGUCAACACCAUUGGACGUUACGUCAGAAUAGUCAAGUACAACUCCGGUCUUCAGCCUUUAACCUUGUGUGAAGUGGCGGUAAGGGGAGCCCAAGUGCGCAACACAGGCGGAGUAUCAUAUGCCGUGUUCAGUCGUCACAGCACAGGAGCCAGGGAGUCUCACAACAUCAUCGCCAGCCAUGAAAACAUCCGGAAGCCCGACUGUGCCAAGAUGUGUCUCCGUAAGGCGACUUGCAACGCCUUCAACACCAGGUCUCCCUCAAUGGGCGUGGUCAGUUGCGAGCUGCUGGCCGUGGCCCUUGACCCCGUCACUAAUCCACCAUGGGAUGUAUAUGAGAUCAUCAUGAAAAAAUAAUGUGAUAGAAAAAGUUAUAGUCCUCGCACGAUUAUAUUUAGCAGUGUGUGCAUCUCCAACUAGAUAAAUAGCGCUUUUUAAAUACAUCAUGUAAACGUUUAUCUUUCAGUCGGUUCUGGUAAUGAGCGUACGCUUACUUACUUACUUUAACGUGCGCUUUCCGACAUUAUGCGUAUUUCGUACACGGCUGAACGUACGUUGCACACCCUGCUAAAUAUAGCCGCUCGCAGUCACCUGACUGUUGACCUUUGCCCGGAUUGUAGUCACGUGAUGAGAACUCAAUGAGAACAAAAAGGAUAUUUCUAGAAAAAUCGCACAAUGCUUUUUUUGUCAUUACUGAAGGUAAUAUUUCUUGUCGCUUGAACGGCGUUUUUUCGCUUUAAAUGUAUUAACCCACAUGCAGCUAUCGUCUUUCAUUAAUAAUAACGAUAUUCUAUGUCAAGAGGCGAGGACUAAAGGUUCAACAGUUUGCCUUCAACUUAAGGUCUCCGUAUAUGGGCGUGGUCAGAAGCGAGUUGCUAGCCAUGGCCCCUCGUUCCGCCGCCAAUGCAACAUGGGAUGUGUAUACGAUGAAUGGCGUUGAGAGUACAGCAGAGUGUGUGAGUGAGUUGGGGUUUACCCCGCUGUUACCAGUUUACCAGCUUUAUCUAAGCAGUAGAUACCACAAAUGGUCUCCACUGCUCUCAUGCUACGAAUCAACCCCGGCCUUCUGCGUGACGAGCGAGCACUUUGAUAAUUAGGCUAGGCCUGGGAAUCAUUAGGCAUACGCCUGGAAAGUUACUGACUGCGGCGGUGAACAACAUUCACUUUGGUAAAUUUUAAAAUUCUGAAAAAAGGGCAGUUUCUAAAGUAAUAAAUAUCAUUAUUAUAUAAUGGGGGCGGUCGGGUAGCCUAGUGGUUAAAGCGUUCGCUCGUCACGCUGAAGACCUGGGUUCGAUUCCCAACAUAGGCACAAUGUGUGAAGCCCAUUUCUGGUGUCCCCCGCCGUGAUAUUGCUGGAAUAUUGCUAAAAGCGGCGUAAAACCAUACUCACUCACUCACUAUCAUAUAAUAAUAUCACAUUAUAAUUAAAAUGGCGUAUUUUUUAGCUUUCAUAGACUUUUAAACGGAGAAAAAUUUCACUUCUUUUUAAAUAAGUGAUAUCAUGGUAUUAAAUGUUCUAAAACAAAUGUAUGGAACCGUCAAGGAUGUGUUUAGACUCAGUGUAACAGCACCCUAUUUUGCAACUUCUUUCAGAGUACGCUGAGGGUGUAUUUUGAGCCCUCUUCUGUUUUCUUUCUUUACACUGAACUUGUAAAUCGUGGGUAUGCUGCAUGUUGUUUGUUUGUUUGUUGUUUAACGCCAAACUACGUCAGUAUUCCAGCUAUAUGACGGC